CAAAUCAGCAUUCAGGUGGUCGCGUCAACAGUGUUUGAUCGAACACCCGCUAGCUCGUAUUUUUUUCUAAAAAAAAUAAAUCAUCAACCAUUUUCUUCUGCCAUUUUCUGAAGAAUUAUCUAAAAGGAAAAAGUCAUCAUGAGCCCAAAGAGUCAAGUGAGACAAAAUUACCAUGAGGAGUCGGAAGCUGGGGUCAACAAGCAAAUCAACAUGGAGCUUUACGCCUCCUACGUUUAUUUGGCUAUGUCCUACCACUUCGACAGGGAUGACGUAGCUCUGAAGCACAUUUCUGAGUUCUUCAAGGAGAGCAGCGAUGAGGAGAGGGAACACGCCAUGAAGCUCAUGAAAUUCCAGAACCAGAGAGGGGGAACCAUACUCCUCAAGGACAUUAAAACCCCGCAUAAAAGCAAAUGGGCUUCACCUCUCGAAGCGAUGGAAGAUGCUCUGGAAUUAGAAAAAACCGUCAAUCAGGCUCUGUUGGACCUCCACAAAGUUGCUUCAAGCCAUGAUGAUGCUCAAAUGUGUGACUUCUUAGAAGCCGAAUACUUGACCGAGCAAGUGGAAGCCAUCAAGAAAAUUGCCGACCACGUAACCAACUUGAAGAGAGUCGGAACUGGAUUGGGCGAAUAUGUCUUUGACAAGGAAUUCAAAUAAUCUUUUCCCGUGCAGAACUUUUUCCAAAACGAAACUAAUAUAAUUUUGAUGUUAAUCAGACUGCAAUAUUGAACAUUUUGUAAAGGAAACAAUCUGUAACUAAGAAACAAGCAUUAUGAAAAUAAAGAAACAUUAAAAAUAUA